AUGAACUUCUCCUGGCUCGCCACCCUCGCUCUCAUUGGCACUGCCAUGGCCGCUGGAAAGACUCUCCCGGCCGGUGCUCCUUGCACUAAGGAUGGAAAGAUGGGCGUCUGCGAGUCUGGUGUUUGCAUCCAAGACGUCAACGCCGACAAGGGCCACUGCAAAUAA